UGUGUGAGUGAGAGAGAGAGAGAGAGAAAGAAAGAAAGAGAGAGGCAGAGAGAGAAAGAGGAAGAAAGAGGGCAUGAGCGCGCGGCUCUUUCUUGACUUUGGCCCAUAAUCGUUUCACGCUUCCUUCAGAGUCUCUUUUCCUCCUAAAACGUUUAGUCUCACUCCAGUGAACACCUGCAGCAGCGCAAAAGGGAGCGGAAGAGUCACAAACUACUAUUCGUCAAAACCACUGGUACACAAAAGAGCAGAGAGAACCGCAACAGUGGACUUAGGAGAGGGAACUUUUUUUGUUUUCAACCCUCCACCCUCUCGUACCUCUGUCCAGCCUCUGGGAUGGACUUGGACCAAAAGGGUCCAUCUCUGCGCAUCGGACGGUCGGGGCAUGGAGGGGUGAAUCAGCUGGGUGGGGUGUUUGUGAACGGCCGGCCCUUGCCUGACGUGGUGAGGCAGAGGAUAGUGGAGUUGGCCCAUCAGGGCGUACGUCCUUGUGACAUCUCCCGCCAGCUCCGGGUCAGCCACGGCUGCGUCAGCAAGAUUCUGGGCAGGUAUUAUGAGACGGGCAGCAUCAGGCCAGGGGUGAUCGGAGGCUCCAAACCAAAGGUUGCUACACCCAAAGUCGUCGACAAAAUCGCUGAUUACAAACGCCAAAACCCCACCAUGUUUGCCUGGGAGGUCCGAGACAGACUGCUGGCAGAGAGAGUGUGUGACAAUGACAGCGUGCCCAGCGUCAGCUCAAUCAACAGGAUCAUUCGCACUAAAGUCCAGCAACCACCUGGCCAAUCAGGAGCGGUAUCUGCCCAUAACUUAGCCUCUACAGUGGCAGUGACCCAGGUAUCCGCAGUAACCAGCGACGCUGCAGGCUCCUCCUACUCCAUCAGUGGAAUUCUGGGAAUCAGCUCACCUGCCGAUGCAAGCAAGCGGAAAAGAGAUGAAACUCUACAGGAUUCUCCAUUGAUGAAUGGCCACGCCCAUUCAGGGCGGGACUUCCUGCGGAAGCAGAUGCGAGGAGAACUCUUUACACCGCAGCAGCUCGAGGUAUUGGACCAUGUCUUUGAUCGACAGCCCUAUCCUGACAUUUACCCCGUACCUGACAGCAGCAGCUUCAAGACACCCGAUUACUCGGCUAUGGCAUCUUUGGCUGGCGGAUUGGAGGAGAUGAAGAACAGCUUGGCCAAUCAGACGGGAGCAGAACUGGGUUCCACUGUUGCAGGUCCUCAAUCAUAUCCACUUGUGUCUGGUCGUGACCUGGCCAGUACCACGCUCCCUGGUUACCCUCCUCAUGUUCCUCCAACAGGGCAGGGUAGUUACUCCACACCCUCCCUCACAGGAAUGGUACCCGGAGGAGAUUUCUCUGGCAGUCCUUAUUCCCAUCCGCAGUAUUCAACGUACAAUGAGUCUUGGAGAUUUGCAAACCCCAGUCUACUAGUGUUCCAGCAGGAGUACGGUCCUUUACUGGGCUCAGAGAGAGCAGCUUCAUCGGGUCUAUUCCCUGGCCAAACCCCACAACCUACAGGAUCUCCGUACUACUAUAGCGCAGCCACACGGGGAGCAGGAACGGUUGCCACUGCGACUGCCACAGCUUAUGACCGCCACUGACCAGCCUGACAGAGGAGACGAGGAACGGCGAAGGAGUGGGCCAAACAAAAAGAAAGAGGAGCGGGAAUGGAUUGAUAACAGCCACACAAGAAAGAACAGAAGUGUAUGAGGAGCAGGAAGGAGAAAGAAGAAAGUAAGAGGAGGUGACAUUGUUUUCCUGCCAAUUACAAUCAAUGGUCCAAUCUGUAGCUUCAGCCAACGUGUCUAACUUCUGUUCAUUAGUGUAAAAUACACACUCAUUCAUCUUUAUUCCUGUGGUCUCAGCUCACACUAAAUCUGUCAUCUUCUGUCAUUAAAGCCUUGCUUAUCCUAUCGUCUUUGCAUCUCUAUGCAGCCUCUUCUUAGAGAUGAUAAGGUGUUAGGAAUUGGUUCCAGACAAUCUACUAGUGGCAGCUUGAGAUGACCUACAUGCAUUUUUUUGUCAUUUUGUUAUCUUUGUGAAUGUGGCAUCAUAGUCUGUGGCAGACUAAAACCAUCAAUUGUUUUGGAUAGAACUUAACAUAUAGAGUGAACAGAGAUUUAAUAGAGCUGGACAGAAAACUCAGGUCAGAAUAUUGGCGUUAUUUACAUUAAAAUUAUCCAGCAUUUGCUAUCAAUCAUGGGACACUUCCACUUGAAAAUGUAGCAUAAUUACGGUAGAGAUUUUACUGGAAGAUGCUGUAAUGUGAUGCACAAGAAUAUCUGAGCCCUCAGUUCUGAUCUAGGAGCCAUUUAGACGUAACAGACUCCUUAUAAACUGAAUUACAUGCAAGUUUAGCAUUAGCCGCAAUGCGAUGGCUAAACGACGGGACUGUUGUGUGAUUCAGUCAUUGUGUAAUAUGUUGGAAAAUAGCAGCAUGAUUUAAAUAUUUAAGCACUUCGUCAUGAAUAAGAGCAUCGGUAUUUUAAAGACUCCUCUCCUUCCUCUAUGUAGAUAAAUAUUAUUUACGUAUGUACAGAAUACCCUUAUUCAACUGUACAUUAGUAAAAUUUAUAGCUAUUUAUGACGGAGAGUAAUAUAUAUAAUUGUGUGUAAAAGUUUACUGCAGACAAAUGCUACUGCUGGCUAAAGGUUGUCUUUUUAAACCCCUGAUGUGUCAUUCCAAACACAAAUCAGUUGCAAUCAAAAGAUCUUACUGGCUUUGAAGCACUGACAAACUUUUGUAAAGUCACUCCAUUUUAGAAGGGGAAAACCGUUAGCGAUGCUAAAUCUUCCCCAACAGGAAGUGAUGUCAUACUGUCUGUUCCUUCAAAUGGUCUCCUUAGCCUCCCCAAAGAUGCUCUUCAGUAGUGCAAAUAGACACUCUUAAAAGCACAAAAGAAAUAAACUGUUAUCUAGAAAUUGCUUUUUUAUUUAUUUUUUCACGCUCAUUCUCUCCGAGCGCAUUUUUUUAAUUCCCUUCAUCCAUACUGCGCCGAGACAAUGCAUGAGACCAAGGUGGAGGCCUUACCAAACUCUCUAUGUAGCAACAGCAUGUCGGAGAUAACCUUUACAUCUAUCACUUAAAACGACAAGAGCUUUCAAUAUCAUUGUUGACUGAUAUAUUGAUAUCUAACUUUAGAUUCUAGUAGACGAGAAAAGACAAAAAGUGUGCUUUAUUUAGCUAUUGUCUGUGAUGAGUGUUCCCAGUUUUUGAUUUACUUGCUUUUUAUUUCAAUACACUGUGCAUUAGCUUUCGAAAAAGGAGAACACUGUAGUUUUAGUAGUGCGUCACAAGCACCAAACCUUUGAUGUGAAAUAACAAAAGA